AUGGCCUCACGUAAACUCAACGUGCUGGUCUAUACCGGCACCGGCACAACCGUCGAAUCGGUCCGCCACUGCAUUUACUCCCUCCGCCGCCUCCUCUCCCCAACCUACGCUGUCAUCCCCGUCGCCGAGGCCGCUCUCCUCAAGGAGCCGUGGCAGCCCACCUGCGCCCUCCUCGUAAUCCCGGGCGGCGGCGACCUCGGCUACUGUCGCGUCCUCAACGGCGCGGGGAACCGCCGCAUCGCCGAUUUCGUCCGCCGCGGCGGCGCCUACCUCGGCUUCUGCGCCGGCGGGUACUACGGCAGCCGCCGGUGCGAGUUCGAGGUUGGCGAUCGUACCCUCGAGGUCAUUGGGUCACGCGAGCUCGGGUUUUUUCCGGGCACGUGUAGGGGCGGCGCGUUGAAGGGGUUCGAGUACCACUCUGAGAGGGGGGCGAGGGUGGUGAGGUUGGCUGUCAAGGAAGGGUUUGGGGAGGGCCAGGGGCAAAGGCAGGGGGAGGAGGUGCUGAGCUACUACAACGGCGGAGGUGUCUUUGUCGAUGCUGAAAAGUUUGACAAUGUGGAGGUGCUCGCGCAGUACGCCGAUGAUAUUGCCGUCGACGGAGGAGCGGGCAAGGCGGCCGUGAUACACUGCAAAGUCGGCUCCGGCAACGUCAUUCUCACCGGUCCUCACCCAGAAUUCGCAGCAGCUAACCUCAACCCCCAACCUCAUAUCCCCUCCUAUGAAUCCCUCGUCUCGGCCCUCGCAGCCGCCGACGCCACCCGCGUAACUUUCCUUCGCGCCUGCCUCUCACGCCUCGGCCUCGACCUCAGCGCCGACCCAGCUGCACCGCCGUCCCUCUCGCGCAUGCACCUGACCUCGGCGAACCACGUCGGGGUCGGCGAGAUGCUCGCCUCGUGGGAGGAGGCCAUCACCCGCGAGAGCGGUCAAGAUUCCGAGGAGAAGGAGGAGUACAUUCGUGGCGAGCACGACGUGUUCCGCAUCGAGAAGCGGUCUUCGCUGUGGGAUGUCGACGAGCUCAAGCAGGCGCUGCCGUCUUCUGGUUCUGGGUCUGGGCGGGCAGGUGAGGACCGAAUGGUGGAUUAUGACGCCUUGGUCAAGGUGAUUGUCCCGCAUGAGGAGGAGUGGCCGGACGCCAAGGAGACGCCGAGCUUCAACCACCGCCUGUUCUACAACUCGCUCAAAGAGUAUCGCGCCAUGGAGCCCACGGCGGAGGAAUGGGGUGAAACCCUCAUGUACGGCGAAGUCGUCACCAGCACGAACACGCUCUUGGACAAAAAUCCCAAACUGCUUGCCCACCUCCCGACCGGCUUCACCCUCACAGCCACAACCCAAGUCGCCGGCCGCGGCCGCGGCACAAACGUCUGGGUCUCGCCAGCGGGCUGCCUCAUCUUCUCCACCGUCAUCAACCACCCGGCGCACCUAGCCGCCUCGCACCCGGUCGUCUUCAUCCAGUACAUCGCAGCCAUCGCCAUCGUCGAGGCCGUGAAAUCGUACGACGCGGGCUGCGGCGACGUCCCCGUGAAGCUCAAGUGGCCCAACGAUAUUUACUGCCGCGACCCCAACUCAUCACCCUCGGACCCCUCCUACGUCAAAAUCGGCGGCAUCCUCUCCAACUGCGCCUACUCCCAAGGAGCCUACCAAAUCGUCCUCGGCAUCGGCAUUAACACGACGAAUUCCCGCCCCACCACCUCGCUCAACGCCAUCGCCCCGGCCGCCUUGCGGGGGGCGGGCGGCUUCCGCCUCGAGACGCUCCUCGCGCGGAUCCUCACCCGCAUCGAGGCCGCCUACGCGCAGUUCCGCCGCGAAGGGUUCUCGCGCGACCUCGAGGAGCGGUAUUACGCGCACUGGCUGCACUCGGGCCAAAACGUAACGCUUGAGGCCGAGGCGGGCGCCAAGGCCAAGGUGGUGGGCAUCACGCGGGACUGGGGCAUGCUGAAGGCCGUCGAGGUGGACGGGAUGGGGCGGGAGACGGGGCGGAUGUGGGCGCUGCAGAGCGAUGAGAAUAGUUUUGAUUUCUGGAAGGGGCUUGUCAAGAGGAAGUUGUAG